CAUAUUUAAACCAAAGGUGGCGCCAAGUUUCAAACUCUAUGCUUCACUGUCUCAAGCUCCUCACUGGUCAGUUGGCUAUCCCAAAACCACCUCUCUCCGGCCACUUGUCACCCUCUUCGACCUAUUGGCACGCUCUGUUCGAUCCCCCAUUCGCCUACACUAGUCUUUUCACACUAUCUCCUACUCUUUCAUGGCCUUUUCUCUCUCUACACCCACCCCUCUGCACCUCUUGACGCGUUUCUCGUGCUUUUUCAACACCUGGGCUCCUCCUACUGGCAGCAUUUUGCACCACCAUGACCAUCUCUUACCAGAUUUACUCUCAUUAGGAAAUGAAAAAAUCCACUUCCGCAUUCUCAUCCACACAGAUAUACAGAAAUUCCCUCUGAUCACCAGCACAACCCCAAAGGCCUAGUGUCACCACUGUCCUUGUGCCCAUUUUGAUAAAUGGAGAGCCCCUUUUCACCCUUAUCCACAGAUGCUAGCAAAACCACCAUUACCACCAAUGAUAGCAAAGCAAAAAUGGGGGGUUGUUCUCAGAAUUCCCCGUUCUCCUCUAUCUGUGGACCACUGAGCUAUCCGUCAACAUCUUCAAAUUCAUCAACUCAGUCUUACCAUUGUCCAGUAGACUGCAGCAUGCUACCACAUUUUCAAAGCUUGCAAUUUCCACAAGCAUAUCCUCUAGGGCACGCUGGCCAGUACUCACCAUCAGCAUAUCCUUUGUAUCCCUUCUGGUUCAUGCAGAAUGGGAUUGAAAUUCAAAAAUCAUGUUUUUUGCAGCCAAAUGGGUUGUCAAUAGAGCAAGAAAGAAGAGUUCUUGAUGCAUACAAGACCAAGGUUGCAAGAAGCAAGCGAAAACUUGCACGACAAAGGAGCCUUAGCAAAAAUUCUUCUUCUGGUGCUAAUUCGUCUCAGGUGGAUACAAGAAGACUGUCCUUCAAUGGUGCUAGUAACAAAGAGCAAGAUUGCCAGAGCUUCAUCAACAGAGAUCUCUAUAAAAUCUGCACACCAGAUAACAAGAGACUGAGGGUGUUGCUAAGUAAGGAGCUGAAGAACAGUGAUGUUGGGUCUCUUGGAAGGAUUGUCCUUCCAAAGAGAGGGGCAGAGGAAAAUCUUCCUAUCCUCUCUGACAAAGAAGGCAUCCAAGUAGUGAUUAGAGAUGUAAACUCUACCAAAGAGUGGAGCUUGAAGUUCAAGUUUUGGUCUAACAACAAGAGCAGAAUGUAUGUUCUUGAAAACACAGGAGAUUUUGUAAAGCAAAAUGGGCUGGAGAUUGGAGAUUCCCUUACACUUUACGAGGAUGAGUGCAAGAAUCUCUAUUUCUCCAUCAAGAAGGUGGAAACACCACAAGUGGAGGUGUCAUACAAACAACACUCCAUAAACCAAAACUACCUAUAUAUACCACAUACGUACCAAGCUAGGGAUGAAGAAGAAGCAUCUUUGCAACUACUUAUAGAACAACUUAAACAUAAAGAACAGCAAGAAGCUAACAGCCUUGUGACUUUGUCUGUGGAUAUUGCUUCUUCUUAUAGGCGCAAAGAGGACGAGAGAAUUGGCCCAUUAAACAACAUAACCAGCAUUAGUUUCUAUCCUCAACCAGCACCUGCAGCUGUGCAAUCCUCAUCUUCACCACACAGUAUAACGAGAAUUCUAGAUGAUCACUAUAUUGAUGACUGCUAUACUGGCCUUGGUGUUCUUCCUGAUGUCAACAGGUAUAAUUUUUCGCUAUGAUCAAAGCCUAUGGUAGGUUGGGAGGCUAUCAAGUUUAAUGACAAGGAAGUGGAGAAACAAGUGUGUGUUAAAUCAUGGCCAAUGAAGCGACUUGGAGGUUUAGUAAUAUGUUUUUUGCUCUAUACUGAUACCCAAUUGUUUCUGGACAGGGAACAUUUUUUUUUCUUUUCUGGUGUUUGGGAUGACAUAGAGGAGCUAGACAUUCUUUGAACAGAAUAAUAGUUAUUAAAGUUUGUGUUUUCAGUUCUGGAAAAGGAAAUGAGAAGAAGCUAGUGUGUGUUUGUUUAGAAGAGCUUCUUGUUGUUGUUUUGUAAUUGCUCUGGUCUAUAGAAAUUAAAUUUGUGUGAAUGGAACAAAUUUGUUUUAUUGUUUCAA